AUGUGUGGGGAGUGCGGGUUCCGAACAGCUAACAGGUCUAACCUGUUAGAACACAUGAGAACCCAUACAGGUGAGAAACCCUACUUGUGUGGGGAGUGCGGAUACAGUACAGCUAACAGGACUCACCUGUUAGAUCACGCAAAAACACAUACAGGUGAGAAACCGUUCAAGUGUGACCAGUGUAACUAUACUGCAUCAAGAAAGAAUAAUCUAGAUCGACACAUGCGUAAGCAUGGUGUUGGAGAUAAACUUUACUUGUGCCGGCAGUGCGGGUACAGCACAGAUAACAUGUUCUACCUAUCCAAACACGCCAGAACACACGACAAAAUUCACAAGUGUGACCAGUGCGACUAUUCUACAGCAAGAAAGCCCAACCUAGAUCGACAUAUGUUUAAACACAGUGGAGAAAAACCAUACAGGUGUCAUCUGUGUGACCAUUCCUCUGCAGAAAAGAGUGAUCUAGACCAGCACAUGGCUAAACAUACUGGGGAGAAAUCCUACAUGUGUGAGGAGUGCGGAUUUAGAACGGCUUACAGAUCUUCCCUGUCUGUUCAUAAGAGACUACACACAGGUGUGAAGUCUUACAAGUGUGACCAGUGUGACUUUUCUGCACUGCAAAGAGCACAGUUGAAUCAACACAUGGUGAAGCAUACAGGAGAGAAACCCUUCCUGUGUGGGGAAUGUGGGUUCAGAACGGGUUACAUGUCAAACCUUUCCGCACACAUGAAGAAAAAACACGUUGGCAUGACAACCUAA